AUGUCAGUAGGUGAUGUCGAAUCCGAUGCGACAGCAGCGGGCGACAGCUUCUUCAACAGGGAAGGAAAGGGAUUUCCCACAGCAGGACCUUCUCCCGAGCUAUCGGCGUCAUGGCCGAGCUUUCUCGUCUGGUCCUGGAUCGCUCCGUUCAUGCACUACGGCUACCGCAAAGUCGUGCAGGAAGACGACCUAUACGAGUUAAACCCGGUGGAGUCAACGCAGCAGAGCGUGGACUGCUGGAACCGCGCAUGGCAGACAGAGCUCGCCCUCGAGCAGGCGCACGCGGAAAAGAUGCGCCUGUCUCAGGGGGUUGAGGAGGGGAGGAAGCGCGGGAGGCAGCGGGUGGGGCGAGUGUGGCGGGUGCUGGCGCGUGCGUUCGGGCGGUACUACUUCGUGGCGGCUGUGUGGAAGCCCAUCUGGCUCGCCGCCGUCUGCAUCCAGGUGUACGUGCUGAAGCAGCUGGUGGCAGCAGCAGCGGCGCCGGAGCCGCCAGAAGCGUGGAGGGCGGCGCUGCUGGUGGUGGGCAUGGCUUUAACGUCCACGCUGCAGAGCGUGUGCAUGCACCACUGCUUCACUCGCUCUCAGAAGGCCGGCAUGCGCGUGCGAGCAUGUGUGUGCACGGUGGUAUACCACAAGGCAUUGGGAAUGAAGCAGGUGGCUCUGGGGGAGGCGACAUCUGGGCGCAUGCUGAACCUCAUCACCAACGACACUCAGAAGCUCCUCGACGCCAUCACGUAUUUCCACUAUGUGUGGCUGGCAGUGUUGGAUCUAACAGUCAUCUGUGCGUUGGUCAUAGUGGAGGCGGGAGUAGCAGCGCUGGGGGGCGUGGCAGUCGUCUUCCUCAUCCAACCACUCAUCGUGUGGAUGGCGAAGAGAGUCGCAGCAUUGAGGCCCAAGGCGCUCAAGUUCACAGAUGCACGCGUGCGGCUGCUGGGGGAGGUGCUAUCUGGCAUGCGCGUGGUCAAGGUCAACGGGUGGACCGCGGCCUUCCUGGACCGCAUUCGUGCACUACGAGACAACGAGCUACAGUGGCUGCGCCGGGCGGCGUACGUGCGAUCGGUCAACUCCACACUCAAGGACUCCGUCACUCCUCUGGCGUCCCUGGCCACAUUCGGCAUCUACGUGGCUAUAAACGGCGACCUGCCCCCCCAGACGGCAGCGCUGUUCAGCAUCAUGGUGCGCAUCUUCUUCAUCGCCCCCACCGGCCUCCAGUUCGCUGGGGAAGCUGUCGUCGCCGUUGACCGCCUCGAGACGUUUCUUGCGCUGCCCGACGGGCAGGGCGGCUGCCCGGAAGAGAAGCGGGCGGAGCUGAAAGCAGAGGCGGAGAGCAAGGGCGUGGUUGUGGCACUUGAAGACGCCUCCUUCUCCUGGCAGCUGCCGUCCACCACAGCCCAGCAGCUUCCCUCCAGCACAGAGCAGCAGCAGAAAGCAGAGGGGGGCAAGGGGAAAGGCGCCAGAGGGCUAUGGAGGAGAAGGCUUGGCGCUCAGAAAGCGCAGGAGAAGAGGAAUGGAGCUGUUGGGAGCGUUCAGCCAGAUUGCACGCAGGGAGAGGCCAAGGAAGGUGAUGGCGAGGCAGGCAAAGAGAACGGCUUGCAGGAGGGUAGGCAGAAUGAAUUGGAAAAGGGGCAACAGCAGGAGGGAGAGGGGGUUGGUUCCUCGCUUGCUAUGCCUGCUGCUUCUGCCGAUGCUGUUGCUACGACAGCAGACGCUGCUGCUGCAGCAGGAGGGUUCCACCUGGAGCGAGUGACUAUGCAAGUGGAGAGAGGCGCGGUAGUGGCCGUCAUAGGGGCGGUGGGCAGCGGCAAGUCCUCCCUCCUGCAGGCAAUACUAGAGGAGAUGCAGUAUGUGGGCGGCGCUAUGUGGGUGAGCAGUUUAGGGAACGUGGCGUAUGCAGCGCAGCAGUCGUGGAUUUUGAAUGCUACGGUCAUGGAGAACAUUCUUUUCGGGCAGCCCUUUGAUGCGGCCAGGUACCAGGAGGUGGUGCGCGCCUGUGCGCUUGACCGCGACAUCGCUGCCCUGGCCGCCGGGCACCAGACGGAAAUCGGAGAGAGGGGCAUCAACCUGAGUGGGGGCCAGAAGGCACGAAUCUCCCUCGCCAGGGCCUGCUACAGCAGCGCUCCCCUUGUGCUCCUAGACGACCCUCUAGCCGCAGUGGAUGUUCCUACAGCGAAGCACCUUAUAGAGAACGUGCUUCAAGGAGGGGUCAUGCAACGCGGUAACCGCACGGUCGUGCUGGUAACGCACAACCGACGGUCGCUGGAUGCGUGCUCUCAGGUGCUGCUGAUGACACAUGGACGGCUGGGAUUGGCUGGGAGCGCGGAGGAGCUAGCAGAGGUGGGGGCGAUUAGUAGGAGGGAAAUGAAGAGGGUGAGGAGUGUUGAAGCCAUGGCGGCUGCUGCUGCUGCUGCUGUCGAAGCUGUGCCUUCGGCGAGAUAUGAGGGGCGGGGAGGGUGGGAGAGCGGGGAGGGGUUGGAAGGUUUGGAUGGGAAAAGCAUGGGGGAGGAUCGAGUUGGGGAAGGGGCAGGAGGAGGGGAGGCGUUGGGGGAGGGGGGAGGCAGGGAGGCGGUUCAAGGGGGAGGGGAGAAUGGAGGGGGGGAUGGAGCAGGAGGUGCAGGAGAGGGCGGGGAGGGCGGGGCACGUGAAGGGCAAGAGGCAGUGGCGGUGGAUGGGAGAGGGGUAGAGGAGGCGGAGACGCGACGAGAGGAAGCGGUGGUGCAGGAUGGUGCCUUGAGGGAAGGGGAGAAUGCAGAGGAUGGGGUUGCCAAUGGGAUGGCUGAUGGGGAGGUUGAUGGGGUGGCUGAUGGGGUGGAUAAUGGGCAUAAUGGGAUGACUGACGGGGCGUGUGAGGGAGAGAACGGCCCAGUGCCUGGGGGGGAAGAUGGGAAGGAGCAGUCAAUGAAGUUGACAGAUGGGCAGAGAGAGAAGCGGGCGCAGUGGGGGCAGAGGAGCAUGGGGCGUGUGACUAUAAAGGAGGACCGAGUGGAGGGGCAGGUCACUCGCGCCACCUACUGUGCUUACAUCAAGGCUGGGGGAGGCUUCCUGCUCUUUGCCGGGCUGUUGCUGGCAUUCAUGGUGGCACAGACAGUGCGCACCCUCGUGGACUACUGGCUGGGCGUCUGGGUCGACCACAAAUACUCCCUCUCCUCAGGCCUGUACGUGGGCAUAUACGCGGUGCUGACAGCGGGAGCCGUCGUGCUGUCGCUGCUGCGGGCCUUCUGGUUCACCCAUGCUGCCCUCGCUGCAGCGCGCCACAUGCACCACCUCAUGGCUGUGCAUGUGCUGCGCUCCCCACUGCUCUUCUUCGACCAGAACCCAGUGGGUCGAAUCCUCAAUCGAUUCAGCAAGGAUCAAUCUCUCGUUGACGACCUACUGCCAACCACCGUUCAGCAAACCAUGGAGCUCUUUCUGGGCUGUGCGGGGGCGAUAGCAGUGACAGCAGUGCUGGUGCCCUGGUUCCUCCUAGCGCUGCCGCCACUGCUGGUGGUCUUCGCGUUGCUGCAGCGCCGCUAUCUGCGGGUCUCCCGCGAGCUCAAGCGCAUCGACGGCCUCUCGCGCUCGCCCAUCUACGCACACUUCGCUCAGAGCCUGCAG